AUGGCAGAGGUACUGAAUGCGCCUGUCCCAGUAUUGGACGAGAAGGAGAGCAGCAAAUAUGUCUACUUCCACUCAGGCUCGGAAGCAACCUACCGCAAAGUGUCGGAAAAGCCAACCGGGUUCACUUCUAUACCAACCAUAGACAUCGCCAAUAUCGACGGUAGUCUCGAACAGCGCAAAGCUAUUGCUAAGGAGGUCUACGCUGCCUGCUCGGACUGCGGAUUUUUCUAUAUCAAGAACACCGGCAUUCUCGACUCCGCCAUGCAGGGAGUUUUCGAUCUACUGAGGCGCUUCUUUGCUCUGGACAUCGAGACCAAGAUGGACGCGCACGUUCAGAAGAACCCCGCCAUUCGAGGGUACGAGCCGAUGAUGGAGACGAGGUUGGAUCCGAGGACCAAGGGAGACAUAAAGGAAGCCUUCACAAUGGGCGAUUGCUUCCUAGAACCGGAGCAGAAGUACACCGAGAAGACGGGAAAGACCCCGCCAGCCCAUGUCACUCAGCCGCAGAACAUUUGGCCUUCGAAUGCUCCAUGGUGGCGGCAAGGUCUGUACGAGUAUUAUAACCUUGUUCUGCCGGUCGCCAUGAAGCUUGUGAAGAUAAUCGCCCUGGCAUUCGACCUAGACGAUGACGCAUUCGAUGAUAUAUUUAAAUUUCCCAUCACCGGAAUGCGGCCUCUGUACUAUCCUCCCACGCCGGUGGAUCAGGAUUCGCAAAGCGUCGGCUUGGGCGCACACUCGGAUUUCUCCUGGCUCACUCUUGUGCUGCAGGACAAUGUGACCGCUCUCGAGGUGCUGAAUCAGGAUGGCUUAUGGGUAGACGCUCCGCCACAGCCGGGAACUUUUGUAUGCAAUGUCGGACAGUACCUUGAGCGACAGUCCAAUGGUAAGUUUCCAGCCACGGUGCACCGGGUGCGAAACAAGACAGGCCUCGAAAGAUACUCGUUACCGUUCUUCCUGACACCAGACGCCGAUGCUGAGGUGGAUGUGCUGGACUGUUGUAUCGGCAACGAGGGUAAGAAGUUUGACAAAACCAACGUCGGAGAUCUCUACAUCAGGCGAGUUCUGCCAGCAAGGAAGAAGCACCCCACAUCCAUCAAGUAUCAAGAUGUGCCUGAGGCUGAAUGGCGAUAUGAUAUGCUGUUGACCUGA